AUGUCAUGGAAUGUUGCAAUCUUCGAUGCAUCGUGCUCUCCUGCGCAAUCGCUGUUUGUAAUGAACUUGAAUACUACAGAACACGAGGUGUCGUACCAGAAGGCAGCAGCCGCGAUAAAACAUCGGCACUAUGUAGUUGACUAUUUAGAUAGUGUCGAUACAGAAGAUGAGGCUGCUGAAUUGGCAAGAAAGUUUCUUGCUCAAAUCGGUGAAGUAAACCCUGGGUCCGUUAAAUGUUUCGAAGCAGACAAGGAAAAUGGAACGGAGAGACUACUUGGGAUGAUUUGGAAGCCAGACGAAGAUGUCUUUUCGUUUGCAUUGAGCUUUCGAGACGAUCUGCAGCAGCUAAUAGCAGGAGACAUAAUUCCGACCAAAAGAGAAAUGUUGAAAGUCACUAUGAGCAUCUAUGACCCUCUGGGUAUCGUGGCAGCCUUCGUAAUCCAUGGAAAGGUUCUUGUCCAAGACGUCUGGAGGGCCAAAAUCGAUUGGGACGAAAAGAUUCCGUGGGAAAUUUACUGUCGCUGGAAAGAAUGGCUUGCUGUACUCCGUAAGAUGAAUACAGUAAAAGUCGCUCGAUGUUAUUUCCCUGGAUACAAUACCGAAUGCUUCAACUCCCUAGAUUUGCACAUCUUCGUGGACGCCAGCGAAGAAGCCUACUCAACAGUCGCUUAUUUCCGCGUCAUCGACAAUGGCCGUGUUCGGUGUUCCUUGGUAUCUUCAAAGACGAAGGUUGCUCCACUUCAACUUCUGUCCAUUCCGCGAUUGGAGCUCUUGGCAGCGGUACUCGGAGUUCGUUUGCGUAAAACUAUUGAAGAAAAACACUCGCUGAAGGUACGUCGAACAUUUUUCUGGAGCGAUUCAUCCACAGUCAUCGCUUGGAUUAGGUCGGAUGCACGCCGCUAUCGACAAUUUGUAGCAUUUCGUGUGAAUGAAAUUCUUAGUCUUUCGUCAAUUCAAGAGUGGCGAUGGGUGCCCACAAAACUCAAUGUGGCUGACGAAGCCACAAAAUGGGGAAAAGGCCCUUCAUUUGACCCAGAAAGUCGAUGGUACCACGGACCAGGGUUCCUGUACGACAACGAGGAAGGAUGGCCGAAGGACUGUCGAGGUGAAAUCAGUACCACAGUGGAAGAACUUCGACCAGCCUUUGUGUACAGUCAUCAUAUUAUCAAGCCGGCAGUAAAAUUGGAGCGGUUUUCACGGUGGGAGCGGUUGCUGCGAAGCAUGGCAUACGUUGUGCGGUUUGUUGACAAGACAACAGGUUGUGGCUACACAAGAAAAGGCCUCUUCAACUAG